UAACACUUAUCCAGUAAACCAGUAAGAAACCAUUGAAGUAUAAAUCAGUAGUGAGAUCUUUCAACACAACAGUAUCAUUCGAUUUUGAGCGAAGGCAUUUUCCGAAAUGGAGAGCGACGAGGGCGUGGGCGAGCGACCAUCGACUUCUGGGGGCAAGGCCAUGGACAGCGGAUCGGGGAUCGGGAUGUCGGCCAUCCUGGGCUACGCCCAGUCGGAGUACUCGCUGGACACCAGCUCUGGGGCCGUGAUGGCCAGUCGGCGGCACCUGGAGAGCGAGAACGACGGGAAUGCCACCGACGAGGAGGUUGAGAUCUGCAUAACCCGCCUCAACUUCCUGCCCGAUCGGGCCAGGCGACUGUACAUGGACUGCCAGCUGUCGCUUCCGGCGGGCGGAAGUGUCCCGAUGCGCGGCGGGGCGGAGACCCUUUCCGUUUCCGCCGUGGAGAGCAGCAGUUCGCCGGAAGUGCGCUAUGAGCGCCAGAGAAACACGGCCGCCGAAGUGCAGAAGUACUGGCGCCUGCAGAAACUGGCCUUCGCCUGCCCCCUCGGCAACUGCGAUUUGGUGGUCAAUCCCGGCAGUCUCCUGAGCCACUGCCUCAUGUCGCACGAGGAUGUGAUCAGCGUGGAAAUGAAGGUCGGCGAGGCCAGGGGCCUGAAGCUCAUGGGCAAGUCCAUGCCAGAAUCGCGGGACAAGAGCCAGUGCGUGGGUCUGCUGAUCUACGAGAGCGGCAGGCAGGUGGCUCUCAACUCCAAUCUGCCCAGGAUCUACACGGACUGGGAGUGCCGUCUGCCCGUCCUCAUAAUGCUGUGGAAGACCUCCUGGGACUCAAUGCCCGGCAGUCCGCGGGUCACCCAUCUCUACAUCCUCUGGCUGCUCUGUCCCCAGGCUCAGUCGCCCCUGCAGGUGACCGUCUCGACAGAGGCGGGUCUUCCGGGAGCGCCCCGCCGCCAGGUGAUCCACACCUGCUCCGACUCGGAGACCAUCGAGAAGUGCGACCUGCUCUCCGACAGCCCGCUCUUCAUGCGGUUCACCCAUCGCGAGAUGAAGGAGCACACCGAGGACUACUCUCAGGACAUCGAGCUGCAGUUCACCAUCCACGAGGAUGAGACAGUGGUGGCCCCCAACUCUCCAGAACCCAUGAAGGAGGAUCCUUUGGACCCAGAUGAGGAGCAAACUACGGUGGAAAUCGAGGUGAUUGCCGACAUUGAAGUACUGCCAAGUGAGGAGACAUCCAAGGAGGAGCUUGGCAUGGAGAAAGCUGAAGAACCAACUGAAGACUCCACUGAAGAUCCCACUGAUGAUCCAACUGAAGAUCCCACUGAAGAUUCCACUGAAGCCCCCAUGGACGAUCCAUUCGGAGAUCCCUUUAGAGAUACCUCAGAAUUCGCCGAACAAUCCCAGUAAAAUCGUGUUUUUAAUCCCAUUUUAUUCACUUGCAUAUGUAUUCAGCCCCUUUUCCAAAAGAGAUUUUUAUUUAUGAUUUUAAAUUAGCCCCAAAAUUAAGUCAGUGUGGAAAAUAAAGCAAAGUAAAGAAACUUUA